GGGCUACGCAGGGGGAUCUCUGCAGGACUCAGCCAGCACCUGCUUCUACGGACAACCUCGUUGGGUGCUGCUCUGCCAGCACUUGCCCUGUUGGUCCCGACAUACACGCCGGAGCCAUGGGCACCUUCCUAGGACACCUGAUGCCUGCAAUGUUCUUCCUCUCGUACUCACUCUAUUAUUCAGUGCUGGUGUCUCUGGCCCUGCUGCGGAAACAGAAGGUCCUCAAGCCACCUCUCUCCCCAAGAGAGAAGCGAGGGCGGUGGCAGCUGGUGCCAGGGGAAGGAGCGGCAAAGGUGAGCAUCGCGCUGAUAGGCAUCUUAACCGAGUGGUUCUUCCCCCCAGGAGUAAACCGGCUGGUGAUAAUCGACUGGAAAGACCCACAACGGUCAUUCUUGUUCAAGGACGCCUGGCACCACAUCACCAUGUACGGGUUCUUCGUGUUCAGUGGCGUGGUGGACAUCAUGAGCCAGUGGCGUCGGGAGCGGCAGUGGGUAAAGCUGGAGCGAGCAGCCGAGGCCUUGGCCUUCUAUGUGCUGGCGCUGCUGAUGGCAAACCACCUGGAGAACAAGAGCACCCUGGAGAUCCGAGUGCACGUCCUGUUCAUGGUGCCCGUCCUUCUGGUCGCCCUGGUGCUCAGCAUCGAGGUCUGGGUCCCUGAGCAGCCGCAGCUCUGGGUGCUCAAGACCUGGAUGGGGCUCGUGCUCAGCAGCUGGUUGCUACAGCUCAGUGUGUUGCUGUACAUGCCCCCCUCCGGACAACCCUGGAGGGCAGACAACCCCACGGACAUCGCCUUCCUCGGCAUCUUCUUCUGCUGGCACCUGGCCUUGGGGAUCGCCAUACUGGCCACUACCUAUGGCCUCUGCAGUCUCUGGCACCAUCGCUUCUCCUCCUGGACAGAGGCCACUGGUGCUGGCUACAAGCUGUGCCCCACAGACUCCAGAGGCGAAGAGCUGGAGAAGCUCAAGGCAGAGGCCGUGCUGCAGGAUGGAGGCAUUUAGGUGCAGACUCUUUGUGCUAUGCCGGUUGUGAGCAGUUUCAAGGCUGCCCUACCACAUGCAUGGCAUGGAAAUAUCUGGAAUCCGCAGUGUGGUUUCCAUCCCAGGAACCAUCUUCUUUGUUCCCAAAUAAAGCUUCCAGCUCCUAAGGUGA